AUGGCGGUGCUUUUGACUAGUGCCGGUGGAUACAUGUGGAAGUGGUGGUUUAGCGGCGGUGCGGCAGCCCAAUGGGAAGCUGUUAGCGCGGCUCACCCACAAGCUCGAUCUCUACACGGUGCAGUCGUGCUCAACGAAAAGCUUUAUGUUGUUGGGGGACGCUGUGAGGACAAAUACCUGAGCGAUGCGCUGGUUUUCGAUUUGAGAAACUCGACUUGGACUCCACUUCCAUCCUGUCCUGUGUCUUGUGCCGGGCAUCGCUUGGUUGCAAGAGGAACAACGCUGUUUGCUUUCAUUGGGAUUCCAUCAGACGAAAGAUUGCGAGUGUACGAGUUUGAUGCGAUAGAAUGCGUGUGGUCACUUUUACCAGUGAGUGGAGAAGCUCCGCCUGGAACGCGCGGUCACUCAGCUACCUUGGUUGGGAGCAAAGUAUGGGUGUAUGGUGGCGAGGAUUUUCACGGUCGAAUGCUUCACGACGUCCACGUCUUUGAUCUGGAUACGAAGGAGUGGGAACGUGUGGUUACAAGUGCCAUGCUUCCACCGGGGCUUUGUUUUCAUGGCGAUGCUUCCUUCAACAGCAAUUAUCUCUACCUUUUCUCUGGCUGCGACCAUAAGCUGUACACGUUGGAUCUUAAAACUAAACAAUGGUCGUCCGCGCCCCUGGAGUUUCCUGCUGCGCCAACGUCCAUCGCUGCGGCUACUGGAUCUGGAGACGAAUGCUACAUCGUUGGUGGCCUGGUUCCUCAAACGAUGCUGUUGAACAUGAAGGCGAUGAAGUGGACUCCCGUGUGCGUGGAGCCUCGGCUGCCUCGCGAGGGCCUGAGCCUAGUGUACGCGAAGAUCAAAGACCAAGCUUGUCUCAUUGCGUCGGGAGGUGAUCACGGUGAGCUGAACGUGUUGAAGCUCGAUACCAUGAAGUCCUACCCGGGUACGCCACCCAAAGCAGAUUUGCCAAGCUACUGCCGCGUCAGGGACAGGGAUGGCUCAGUUCUAGGGACUGUCUCCGUUCCGGAAGGAGGAAAACCGGUAGCGGACGUUGUAGGAGCCAUUGAACAUCUGACGGGUCAGGCAGGUCUGCUGCAAAGGAAUGGAGUGGCUCUGACUCGGGGCGAUCUGGUCUAUCCCGGAGAGGAGCUAGACUUUUACGGCGUGCUCAAGCCUGGCAACUUGGAACUGGAAUCCAUGGAUCUAUGCGCCUGCAAGCGUUUCUUGUCCCGGAUGAGCGUCACGGUUAUGAGGGGAGAAGGAUGGCUAGUGCCUCUGAUGGAAUUUGACGCAGAGCCCUUUGUGUGGACGUGGGGUGUCACACGAGACGCCACGAUGAGCUAUCUGUGGCAGCACGGUGUGCCGAGGCACAGCAUGCUGAGAGUCCAGUACCUAGUGAACCUUGACAGGGAAAGGGAGCACGUAUCGUGCAUCUCCAACGCAAACUUUCCAUUCAAGCUCGAGUUCGAGCUCCAGACAGUCCUGGGGAACGUCCUUGGUGAGGGCACCGCGAUCGGUUUCUGGAUGGAGGAAACGAUGAGUGACGAGCUGCUCUACAAGGCUAUGGUGGCUUGCCUGGGCUUGAACAUCAGGAACCCAACGCUCAAGCCGUGGAUGGUGGUGUCGGACCUCAAGGACGAGUGGCAUUUUGCGUGGAUGAACGGGAAGAACAUGUUCGUGUGCAAGGCGUCCAGCCGGAGCCAAGGAAUUGGUAUCAUUCGCGACCUCGGCCACGAUUACAACCGGGUCACCAACAACGAGGUUCCUGGUCUGUUUUCCAACUUGCCGGCGGUGACCAGUCGGGAUCCAGUGCGCGUGGUGUGCGAGAACCCCGUGCGCUCGCGGCCGUUCCUCUACGGGAGGGGCGUGAAUGAAGCUGGUGAGGUCGAAGUGUGGAAGCUGGAUGGUAGCCUGCGCUGGACGAUCACCCAGGAAGAGGCUGACGAGUACAACAUGCUUUGCGCAAAGGCGGGUGACACGGGACUGUGAUCAGGCAUCAGUAUUUAAUUAGAGAGUGUAAUUAUUAGAAAUUUCUCGCUUCCCUCCAACACAGACGAGAUCCAAU